UCGGCCAUCGCAGUUUCACAGACAGCAUCCAUUCCACAGUCACCAGAGCACUAGAGCAGAGCAACAACCGACAAGAGCAGAGUGAGAUCGUCGUCAGCGAGCCCAGCAGAUACGAGAGAGAGGAUGGCGGACAUCGCGUUGCUGGUGGCGGAGCAGUUCGAGAAGACGGCAAGGCGAGGCGCCCCCGGCGGGGACAGCGGCAGCAGCAGCGGGAGCGGCGGCGAGACAAGGAACUUCGGGGCCGUGGCCAAGGUGUGGAGCUCGUGGGUGGAGUCCGCCUCCGCCGCCGCGUCCGGGGUCAGAUUCACCGUCGCGGUGCAGCUGGAGCCCAAGACCGGGCUCGCGCUGGCCGCUGCCGACGGCCUCUUCUCCGCCUAGCUUCCUGCCUGCUUCCAUGUCUUUCUCCUGAGCAGUGCCAGUGAUCGAGCGAGUCCUGCUCCUGCACCCCGUACUAUGCUUGUGCGACCUGUACAUUUCGUUCGUCGUUGCGCGGUUGCGCCUGCGCUCUAAUCCGGAACAAAAUACUAUUCAUAUUUGCUCCA